AUGACCGCUUCCGCGCUUCGUAAGGCGACUUCCAAACUGCACAACUCGAUCGGCGUUGUUUCCGUUGAGCGAAAAGAGGCUGACAAACCAAUCACCAGCGAAGAAUUGGCCAUGCACUCGCCAACUCGUCCGAUUUCACCAGAAAGGUCUACGUGCAUCGCAAAGUCGCGCUCACUGACCGACACCGUCUGCUCUUUGCCUGACCAGGACGGUAAACUGAUCAGUACGGCGGUGAUCAGCGGUUCCUUCUCGGUCGCUCCUGACCAGAGCGAUAUAGCAGAUCCGGCAUUGAUAUUUACAGCCGUUGUAUCGAGAGGCGCCAGUGCACCAGAUUUACGAGUUCCCGCGAACUUUAACGAAAAUUCACCGGACCUGAGCGAUAUGACCUUUGCCGUACCUCCUUUGCGCUCAUUGGAAACGCUGCAUAACCAGCUGAGUUUGAGACAAGUUACUGACUUUUUCGAUCACAUAAUGACGGUUAAAACUCCGGUACCGUCGCCACCUCAUUCGCUUUGGCACCGACCGUUGUCUUCAACAUCGCGAGAAAUGACUUUAUACUAA